AUGGAAGCCACGUCGGUGCCGGGCCCGGCGGCUGCGCGGCGGCGGCAGGGUCCCGCCGUCCCGGAGUCCCGGGCGCAGGGCGAGCUGGAGCCGAGGCCCGGGCGGCGGCGGCGGCCGGGCAGGAGAAUCCAAGAGGAUCAAGAAGAAGCAGUCUUUCGAGAAGUGGUCAGUUUCACGGCAGACCCUUUGCCAGCUAGAUAUUAUGACAAGGAUACCACCAGACCCAUCAGCUUUUACUUGUCGUCACUGGAGGAACUCCUGGCCUGGACACCCCUCAUGGAGGAUGGCUUCAAUGUGGCCCUAGAGCCCUUGGGACGUCGCCAGCCCUCGCUGAGCAGCAGCAGGCCUCGGACCCUGCUGUGCCAUGAUAUGAUGGGCGGGUACCUGGAGGACAGGUUCGUCCAGGGCUCGGCCGCGCAGCAGCCCUACUCCUUCUACCACUGGCAGUACAUCGACAUCUUCGUGUACUUCAGCCACCACACCGUCACCAUCCCCCCCGUGUGCUGGACCAACGCCGCGCACAAACAUGGGGUGUCCAUGCUGGGGACUUUCAUCACAGAGUGGAAAGACGGGGGCAGACUCUGCGAAGCCUUCCUGGCCGGGGAUGAGCGCUCCUACCGGGCAGUGGCUGAUCAGCUGGUCCACAUCGCCCAGUUUUUCCGUUUCGACGGCUGGCUGGUCAACAUUGAGAACGCUCUGAGUCCUGCCGCUGUGAGGAACACGCCUCCUUUCCUCCGCUAUCUGACAGCUCAGCUCCAUCGGCAGGUCCCGGGGGGCCUGGUGCUCUGGUAUGACAGCGUGUUGCAGACUGGGCAGCUCAAAUGGCAGGAUGAACUGAAUGAACACAACAGGAUCUUCUUUGACUCCUGUGAUGGCUUCUUUACCAACUAUAACUGGCGGGAGGAGCACCUGGAACGGAUGCUGGGGCAUGCUGGGGAGCGCCUGGCAGACGUGUACGUGGGCGUGGACGUGUUUGCUCGGAGUAACGUGGUCGGAGGCCGGUUUGACACCAACAAGUCGCUGGAGCUGAUCCGGAAGUAUGGCUUCUCGGCAGCACUGUUUGCUCCUGGCUGGGUGUAUGAGUGUCUGGAGAAGAACGACUUCUUCCAGAACCAGGAUAAGUUCUGGAGUCUUCUGGAACGCUACCUGCCCACACACAGCAUCUGCUCCCUGCCUUUUGUUACGUCCUUCUGCCUGGGCAUGGGGACACGGAGAGUCUGCUAUGGCAAGGAGCAAGCAGUGGGACCCUGGUACCACCCAAGCUCCCAGGAGAUGCAGCCCCUCUUUGGUGAACAUAAGCUGGCUGGGGACACCCGGGGCUGGGUGAAGACCCACUGCUGCCUGGCUGAUGCCUGGCACGGGGGCAGCUCCCUGCUCCUCCGGGGGGUGAUCCCACCCGAGGUUGACGGUGUGGCUGUGAGGCUGUUUUCCUUGCAGAUUCCAGUGCCGCCCAAGAUUUUUCUAUCCAUGGUGUACAAACUUGAAGGGCCAGCAGAUGUCAGGGUGGCUCUGGAGCUCACGACAGGGGACGCCCACAGCUGCCAUGUCAGCAGCAUCUCUGUGUUGAAUGCAACGGGCUCAAGACAUAACCUCCGACCCCUCCGGGUGCCCCCUACCAAGCUGGCCAGAUGGGCAGGCCGCUGUGGCCAGCAGCUCAGUGGGGGCUGGAUCCAGCGAUGCUAUGAGGUGAGCCUGCGUGGGUGCCUCCUUCAGGACCUCUUGGUUAGCUUUUCACGACCGCCAGGCAGUCGAGAGGAGGAGAGCUUCACUUGCCGCCUCGGAGAGAUCCAGGUGGUCGAUGCCAAUAGCCUGCUGGCCCCCUUACCUCAGGUGCAGAGUGUCUCCAUUUCGCAGCUCCGCUGGCUGCCGCUCACUCCUGGGUCAGAAGCCCUCCCAGCCCAGCUCCGGCUCAGCUGCACUUUACAUUGGUCCUACCUCCUGCCCCAAGCCCGGUGCUUCCGGAUCCACUGCUGGGAACGGACAGAAGGCACCUCUCCCAGCCGGGCACAUCCUAGCCUGGAGAAACCCACAUUCCUGGGCUUGGCUUUUGCCAACCAGUACCGAGUGGUGGACUUGACUGUGAAGGCCGCUAGGCCCGGGCAGGAUGGCCAUGUGGAGUUCCUGGUAGAGCCUGUCCCCAGGGAGGGCUUCUUGGUUCCCCGGGCUGAGUGGGGCAAGGCAGUCUUGCUGUACUCUGCCCCGCAAUGACUGGAUUCCAGAGCACAGCGCGACCUUGCCUUAAGACCAACGUCUUUUCCAGGCUGGCUCCCCCGGCGCUACUGGUGCCGUGAAGGCCAGGUCCCAGGAAGCCAGCUCUUCAGGCUUUGGCCUAUAACUUUUAUGUUGGGGACACCUGCCACAGGAAGCCAACCUGCUGUAUGAUGAUGGCUCCUGGUGAGUGGAACAGUCUUCGAUAAUGCUCUCCACGGCAUGCAGUUCCCAGGGAAGAAGAAAAUGACUAGGGGAGGUUUCCUCCAGAAUGUUCCAUAAAGGAUGUUCCUCACAGGCUGGAUGACGUUUAUGUUGA